GAAGUCACCAUGCACAAGGACUGCAUCGAGCCCACUGGAGACUAUUUUCUUCUCUGUGAGACGGAGGGACCAUGGCGCAUCAUCCUGGAGUCCCUGGCAAUAGUUGGCAUCGUGGUCACAAUUCUGCUAUUCUUGGCAUUUCUCUUCCUCAUGCGAAAGAUCCAAGACUGCAGCCAGUGGAAUGUGCUCCCCACCCAGCUCCUCUUCCUCCUGAGUGUGCUGGGGCUCUUUGGACUUGCUUUUGCCUUCAUCAUCCAGUUCAAUCAACAAACUGCCCCCGUACGCUACUUUCUCUUUGGGGUUCUCUUUGCUCUCUGUUUUUCGUGUCUCUUAGCCCAUGCCUCCAACCUGGUGAAGCUGGUUCGGGGUUGUGUCUCCUUCUCCUGGAUGACAAUUCUGUGCAUUGCCAUUGGUUGCAGUCUGUUGCAGAUCAUUAUUGCCAUUGAGUAUGUGACUCUCAUCAUGACCAGGGGUAUGAUGUUUGUGCAUAUGACACCCUGCCAGCUCAAUGUGGACUUUGUUGUACUCCUGGUCUAUGUCCUCUUCCUGAUGGCCCUCACAUUCUUCGUCUCCAAAGCCACCUUCUGUGGCCCGUGUGAGAACUGGAAGCAGCAUGGAAGGCUCAUCUUUGUCACUGUGCUCUUCUCCAUCAUCAUCUGGGUGGUGUGGAUCUCCAUGCUCCUGAGAGGCAACCCACAGUUCCAGCGACAGCCCCAGUGGGAUGACCCAGUCAUCUGCAUUGGCCUGGUCACCAAUGCAUGGGUUUUCCUGCUGCUGUACAUCGUCCCUGAGCUCUGCAUUCUCUACAGAUCGUGCAGGCAGGAGUGCCCUUUACAAGGAAAUGCCUGUCCCGUCGCAGCCUACCAACACAGCUUCCAAGUGGAGAACCAGGAGCUCUCCAGAGCCCGAGACAGUGAUGGAGCUGAGGAGGAUGUAGCAUUAACUUCAUAUGGUACUCCCAUUCAGCCGCAGACUGUUGAUCCCACACAAGAGUGUUUCAUCCCACGGGCUAAAUUAAGCCCCCAGCAAGAUGCAGGAGUAUAAAUCUACAGGAAACAGGAGUAGAGAAAACCCAGCAGACCAACCUGGGUAGCAGAGCCCAGAUAGGCCACUGGGGCCCACAGAGUCACGCUGCCAACGAAGAGUCAGCACAUUCCUCCUGCAGUUUCCUGACCCUCCAUCCUCCUGGACCCUCACCAGAAGACCGCCCUUUCGAGCAUAAUUACAAUCUUGCUGGCCACCCUA